GUGGGCAGCAGGCGCCUCUGACAAAGGACAAUGGUGAUUCUUCAGCAGGGGGACUAUGUCUGGAUGGACCUGAGAUCCGGGCAGGAGUUCGAUGUGCCCAUCGGGGCGGUGGUGAAGCUCUGCGACUCGGGGCAGAUCCAGGUGGUGGACGAUGAGGGCAAUGAACACUGGAUCACCCCGCAGAAGGCCACGCACAUCAAGCCCAUGCACCCCACUUCGGUCCACGGUGUGGAGGACAUGAUCCGCCUGGGGGACCUCAAUGAGGCUGGCAUCCUGCGCAACCUGCUCAUCCGCUACCGGGACCACCUCAUCUAUACGUACACGGGCUCCAUCCUGGUGGCUGUGAACCCCUACCAGCUGCUCUCCAUCUACUCGCCAGAGCACAUCCGCCAGUACACCAACAAGAAGAUCGGGGAGAUGCCCCCGCACAUCUUCGCCAUUGCCGACAACUGCUACUUCAACAUGAAACGAAACAGCCGUGACCAGUGCUGCAUCAUCAGUGGGGAGUCUGGGGCAGGGAAGACAGAGAGCACGAAGCUGAUCCUGCAGUUCCUGGCGGCCAUCAGUGGGCAGCACUCGUGGAUCGAGCAGCAGGUGCUGGAGGCCACCCCCAUCCUGGAAGCCUUCGGGAACGCCAAGACCAUUCGCAACGACAACUCAAGCCGCUUCGGGAAGUACAUUGACAUCCACUUCAACAAGCGGGGUGCCAUCGAGGGCGCCAAGAUCGAGCAGUACCUGCUGGAGAAGUCGCGCGUCUGUCGCCAGGCGCCUGACGAGAGGAACUACCACGUGUUCUACUGCAUGCUGGAGGGCAUGGGCGAGGACCAGAGGAAGAAGCUGGGCCUGGGCCAGGCCUCCGACUACAACUACUUGGCUAUGGGCAACUGCAUAACCUGCGAGGGCCGCGAGGACAGCCAGGAGUAUGCCAACAUCCGCUCCGCCAUGAAGGUGCUCAUGUUCACUGACACAGAGAACUGGGAGAUCUCGAAGCUCCUGGCCUCCAUCCUGCACCUCGGCAACCUGCAGUACGAGGCCAGGACAUUUGAAAACCUGGAUGCCUGCGAGGUGCUCUUCUCCCCGUCCCUGGCCACAGCUGCAUCCUUGCUCGAGGUGAACCCCCCAGACCUGAUGAACUGCCUGACCAGCCGCACCCUCAUCACCCGCGGCGAGACGGUGUCCACCCCGCUCAGCAGGGAGCAGGCGCUGGAUGUCCGCGAUGCCUUCGUCAAGGGGAUCUACGGGCGGCUCUUCGUGUGGAUCGUAGACAAGAUCAACGCGGCGAUUUACAAGCCCCCGUCCCAGGACGUGAAGAACUCUCGCCGGUCCAUCGGCCUCCUGGACAUCUUUGGGUUCGAGAACUUUGCUGUGAACAGCUUCGAGCAGCUCUGCAUCAACUUCGCCAACGAGCACCUGCAGCAGUUCUUCGUGCGGCACGUGUUCAAGCUGGAGCAGGAGGAGUACGACCUGGAGAGCAUCGACUGGCUGCACAUCGAGUUCACCGACAACCAGGACGCCCUGGACAUGAUCGCCAACAAGCCCAUGAACAUCAUCUCCCUCAUCGACGAGGAGAGCAAGUUCCCCAAGGGCACGGACGCCACCAUGUUGCAUAAGCUGAACUCGCAGCACAAGCUCAACUCCAACUACAUUCCUCCCAAGAACAACCACGAGACGCAGUUCGGCAUCAACCACUUUGCUGGUGUCGUCUACUAUGAGACUCAAGGCUUCCUGGAGAAGAACCGGGAUACCCUGCACGGAGACAUCAUCCAGCUGGUCCACUCCUCCAGGAACAAGUUCAUCAAGCAGAUCUUCCAGGCCGACGUCGCCAUGGGCGCGGAGACCAGGAAGCGCUCGCCCACGCUCAGCAGCCAGUUCAAGCGGUCGCUGGAGCUGCUGAUGCGCACCCUGGGUGCCUGCCAGCCCUUCUUCGUGCGCUGCAUCAAGCCCAACGAGUUCAAGAAGCCCAUGCUGUUCGACCGGCACCUGUGCGUGCGCCAGCUGCGGUACUCGGGGAUGAUGGAGACCAUCCGCAUCCGCCGAGCCGGCUACCCCAUCCGCUACAGCUUCGUGGAGUUCGUGGAGCGGUACCGAGUGCUGCUGCCCGGCGUGAAGCCGGCCUACAAGCAGGACGACCUUCGGGGGACCUGCCAGCGCAUGGCUGAGGCUGUGCUGGGCACGCACGACGACUGGCAGAUUGGCAAAACCAAGAUCUUUCUGAAGGACCACCACGACAUGCUGCUGGAGGUGGAGCGGGACAAGGCCAUCACCGACAGAGUCAUCCUCCUCCAGAAGGUCAUCCGGGGAUUCAAAGACAGGUCCAACUUCCUGAAGCUGAAGAACGCCGCCACCCUGAUCCAGAGGCACUGGCGGGGCCACAACUGCCGGAGGAACUAUGGGCUGAUGCGGCUGGGCUUCCUGCGGCUGCAGGCCCUGCACCGCUCCCGGAAGCUGCACCAGCAGUACCGCCUGGCCCGCCGGCGCAUGAUCCAGUUCCAGGCGCGCUGCCGGGCCUACCUGGUCCGCAAGGCCUUCCGCCACCGCCUCUGGGCCGUGCUCACCGUGCAGGCCUACGCCCGGGGCAUGAUCGCCCGCAGGCUGCACCGGCGCCUCAGGGCCGAGUACCGGCGGCGUCUGGAGGCUGAGAAAAUGCGGCUGGCGGAGGAGGAGAAGCUGCGGAAGGAGAUGAGCGCCAAGAAGGCCAAGGAGGAGGCCGAACGCAAGCAUCAGGAGCGCCUGGCCCAGCUGGCCCGCGAGGACGCGGAACGGGAGCUGAAGGAGAAGGAGGAGGCCCGGCGGAAGAAGGAGCUCCUGGAGCAGAUGGAGAGGGCCCGCCACGAGCCCGUCAAUCACUCCGACAUGGUGGACAAGAUGUUCGGCUUCCUGGGGACUUCGGGCGGCCUGCCGGGCCAGGAGGGCCAGGCCCCCAGUGGCUUUGAGGACCUGGAGCGCGGGCGGAGGGAGAUGGUGGAGGAGGACCUGGACGCGGCGCUGCCCCUGCCCGACGAGGACGAGGAGGACCUCUCUGAGUACAAGUUCGCCAAGUUCUCUGCCACCUACUUCCAGGGCACGACCACGCACACCUACACCCGGCGGCCACUCAAGCAGCCGCUGCUGUUCCACGACGAUGAGGGUGACCAGCUGGCGGCCCUGGCCGUGUGGAUCACCAUCCUACGGUUCAUGGGGGACCUCCCUGAGCCCAAGUACCACACGGCCAUGAGUGACGGCAGCGAGAAGAUCCCGGUGAUGACCAAGAUUUACGAGACCCUCGGCAAGAAGACGUACAAGAGGGAGCUGCAGGCGCUGCAGGGCGAGGGCGAGGCCCAGCUCCCCGAGGGGCAGAAGAAGAGCAGCAUGCGGCACAAGCUGGUGCACUUGACCCUGAAGAAGAAGUCGAAGCUGACAGAGGAGGUGACCAAGAGGCUGCACGACGGGGAGUCCACGGUGCAGGGCAACAGCAUGCUGGAGGACCGGCCCACCUCCAACCUGGAGAAGCUGCACUUCGUCAUCGGCAACGGCAUCCUGCGGCCAGCGCUCCGGGAUGAGAUCUACUGCCAGAUUAGCAAGCAGCUCACCCACAACCCCUCCAAGAGCAGCUACGCCCGGGGCUGGAUCCUCAUGUCUCUCUGUGUGGGCUGCUUCGCCCCCUCUGAGAAGUUCGUGAAGUACCUGCGGAACUUCAUCCACGGGGGACCGCCUGGCUACGCCCCGUACUGUGAGGAGCGGCUCCGGAGGACCUUCGUCAACGGGACACGGACACAGCCGCCCAGCUGGCUGGAGCUGCAGGCCACCAAGUCCAAGAAGCCCAUUAUGUUGCCGGUGACAUUCAUGGAUGGGACCACCAAGACCCUGCUGACGGACUCGGCCACCACGGCCAAGGAGCUCUGCAACGCGCUGGCCGACAAGAUCUCCCUCAAGGACCGCUUCGGGUUCUCCCUCUACAUCGCCCUGUUUGAUAAGGUGUCCUCCCUGGGCAGUGGCAGUGACCACGUCAUGGAUGCCAUCUCCCAGUGCGAGCAGUAUGCCAAGGAGCAGGGUGCCCAGGAGCGCAAUGCCCCGUGGCGGCUCUUCUUCCGCAAAGAGGUCUUCACGCCCUGGCACAACCCCUCAGAAGACAACGUGGCCACCAACCUCAUCUACCAGCAGGUGGUGCGAGGCGUCAAGUUCGGGGAGUACAGGUGUGAGAAGGAGGACGACCUGGCCGAGCUGGCCUCCCAGCAGUACUUUGUGGACUACGGCUCCGAGAUGAUUCUGGAGCGCCUCCUGAACCUCGUGCCCACCUACAUCCCCGACCGCGAGAUCACGCCCCUGAAGACGCUCGAGAAGUGGGCCCAGCUGGCCAUUGCUGCUCACAAGAAGGGGAUUUAUGCCCAGAGGAGAACUGAUUCCCAGAAGGUCAAGGAGGAUGUGGUCAAUUACGCCCGCUUCAAGUGGCCCUUGCUCUUCUCCAGGUUUUACGAAGCCUACAAGUUCUCAGGCCCCAGCCUCCCCAAAAACGACGUCAUCGUGGCCGUCAACUGGACGGGCGUCUACUUCGUGGAUGAGCAGGAGCAGGUGCUCCUGGAGCUGUCCUUCCCCGAGAUCAUGGCCGUGUCCAGCAGCAGGGGAGCCAAACUGACAGCCCCCAGCUUCACGCUGGCCACCAUCAAGGGGGAUGAGUAUACCUUCACCUCCAGCAACGCCGAGGACAUCCGUGACCUCGUGGUCACCUUUCUGGAGGGGCUCCGGAAGAGGUCUAAGUACGUGGUGGCCCUGCAGGACAACCCCAACCCUGCGGGCGAGGAGUCGGGCUUCCUCAGCUUCGCGAAGGGAGACCUCAUCAUCCUGGACCACGACACGGGGGAGCAGGUCAUGAACUCCGGCUGGGCCAACGGCAUCAAUGAGCGGACCAAGCAGCGGGGAGACUUCCCCACCGACUGCGUGUACGUCAUGCCCACGGUCACCAUGCCGCUGCGGGAGAUCGUGGCCCUGGUCACCAUGACCCCUGACCAGCGGCAGGACGUGAUCCGGCUCUUGCAGCUGCGAGCACCGGAGCCUGAGGUGCGCGCCAAGCCCUACACCCUGGAGGAGUUCUCCUACGACUACUUCAGGCCCCCACCCAAGCACACCCUGAGCCGUGUGAUGGUGUCCAAGGCCCGAGGGAAGGACCGGCUGUGGAGCCACACGCGGGAGCCGCUGAAGCAGGCGCUGCUCAAGAAGAUCCUGGGCAGCGAGGAGCUCUCGCAGGAGGCCUGCAUGGCCUUCAUCGCCAUGCUCAAGUACAUGGGCGACUACCCAUCCAAGAGGAUGCGCUCCGUCAACGAGCUCACCGACCAGAUCUUUGAGGGAGCCCUGAAGGCUGAGCCCCUCAAGGACGAGGUAUACGUGCAGAUCCUGAAGCAGCUGACCGACAACCACAUCAGGUACAGCGAGGAGCGGGGCUGGGAGCUGCUCUGGCUGUGCACGGGCCUCUUCCCCCCCAGCAACAUCCUCCUGCCCCACGUGCAGCGCUUCCUGCAGUCCCGGAAGCACUGCCCCCUCGCCAUCGACUGCCUGCAGCGGCUCCAGAAAGCCUUGAGAAAUGGGUCCCGGAAGUACCCCCCACACCUGGUGGAGGUGGAGGCCAUCCAGCACAAAACCACCCAGAUAUUCCACAAGGUCUACUUUCCCGACGACACCGACGAGGUCAUCAGCGUGCCCGAGAAUGACUUCUUCUUUGACUUUGUCCGACACCUGACAGACUGGAUAAAGAAAGCACGGCCCGUCAAGGAUGGAAUCGUGCCCUCGCUCACCUACCAGGUGUUCUUCAUGAAGAAGCUGUGGACCACCACGGUGCCAGGGAAGGACCCCAUGGCAGAUUCCAUCUUCCACUACUACCAGGAGUUGCCCAAGUAUCUCCGAGGCUACCACAAGUGCACGCGGGAAGAGGUGCUGCAGCUGGGGGCGCUGAUCUACAGGGUCAAGUUCGAAGAAGACAAGUCCUACUUCCCCAGUAUCCCAAAGCUGCUGCGGGAGCUGGUGCCCCAGGACCUCAUCCGGCAGGUCUCACCUGACGACUGGAAGCGGUCCAUCGUCGCCUACUUCAACAAGCACGCGGGGAAGUCCAAGGAGGAGGCCAAGCUGGCCUUCCUGAAGGUCAUCUUCAAGUGGCCCACCUUUGGCUCAGCCUUCUUCGAGGUGAAGCAAACUACGGAGCCAAACUUCCCGGAGAUCCUCUUGAUUGCCAUCAACAAGUAUGGGGUCAGCCUCAUCGAUCCCAGGACCAAGGACAUCUUGACCACGCACCCCUUCACCAAGAUCUCCAACUGGAGCAGCGGCAACACCUAUUUCCACAUCACCAUUGGGAACCUGGUGCGCGGGAGCAAGCUGCUCUGUGAGACGUCGCUGGGCUACAAGAUGGAUGACCUCCUGACUUCCUAUAUCAGCCAGAUGCUCACGGCCAUGAGCAAACAGCGGGGCUCCCGGAGUGGCAAGUGAACAGUGUGGAGGCGGCACGGGCUCUGUGCCUGCGCCUCAGGUGGCAGCUGGGUGAAGACCUUUGCCAUCGGGCAGGGAAGCUGGGCCGGCCAGCCACCAGUGACAGCACCAGCUUGGACUCUGGUCCUCCUUCCAGUGAGGUGGCCUUGCUGGGGUGCAGAGCACCCUUCCAACACCCCUAAGGCCCGCAGGUAGGAUUUGGUCCUGGCUGUGGCCUUCCCGUUUGUAAGAGCCUGUGCUCCGUGCACGCUUCUCUCAUCCCAGACCAGCCCGGCCAUGCGACCUCCUUUGGCUUUCUGUGCGCACUGGGACCGGGAAUCAAGAGGACACCCUAGUUCUCCAUCCUGGGGGCAACCAGACCAAACCAACCCAAUCAAGAGUAUUCUGACACCUAAGGACUGGACUGGUUGAAUUCCCGUACGUCCAGGACCCUCCGCUGGGGUGGAGGAGACGGACCCCUCUCUCUAUUGCAGUGUGAGUGCUGAGCCCCUCUUUCCUGACCACCUCAGGUCAUAAAGCACGUGUUUCACCUUCUGGCCUGGGAGUGUCUCUAAUGGGAGGAGGAGGGAAAGAGUCUGUGGGGA